AUGGAGGAACUGGCGCACGAAGUUGAGCUAACUUCCCUUUUUAAUAAAUUAUCUGAUGGAUCAAAAAAUGUAAAUAUAGAGAACGCCCUGCAGAUUGUGUACAAGUUGGGUUAUGUCCCUUCAAAGGAAGACAUAGACGAAUUUAUGCACGCCACCAACGGAAUAUGUUCCCUGUCAAAUAUAAAAAAGUUUUGCGAAAAAGUGAAGUUGUCUAGUGUCUCCACGGAUGGAUUAGUCGACGUAUUUAACCAUUACGAUGUUAAUAAAACAGGCAAAAUUUCCAAGGAUCAGUUUAAGUCACUCUUCACCACUGUUGGGUCAAGAAUGUCCAAUGCAGAAAUGGAUACAAUUAUCAGGGAGCUGUGCAACGAGGCGGACCAAAUUGAUUACAAGGAGUUCCUCAACAAGUAA